AUGGCUCAGGUACAGGAAGAAAAUAUUGACGCAAUGGAUUUGUUGGAAAUUUUCCCUGUGGGUAUGAAUCGGCAAAACCCUGACGAGGAGGGUGUGUACCUUCAGGAAGAGUAUCUGUUUCAAGAUGUAUCUAAACCGUUCGGCCGUGUGUUGUCGUUUUUUGAAUUCCGCUUGAACGGGGAACCAGUGGUUGUGGACGCCAAUGGGAUCCUCCCAGACGGUUCAAGUGAUAUGGAGGUUGUGGGGAUGAUAGGAACUCUGUACGGAAAGGAAGGUCUUUUUGGACAGUGUGGUUGGUUUGGCAACUACGAUUUAGAUUGGUUCUGGAAGGGGGAAUAUGCAAUGCUGCUGCCUCACAAGACGUAUAGAGACAUGUGGGAAGAGACGUUGUAUGACUUAGGUCCAGGCGCCUUGUCCGCCAUGUUUAAACAAUGGCCUGCUCAAGGUGCACAACCACCAUGGUGGCCAGAUAGGUGGAAGGACGACUGGCCAUUCGAACAGGAGGUUGGAUCCAAGCAACGGGCCUCCACGGACGUUCAAGAGCACGAGUUACUCAGUAGGCAAGCGGAGAUGCCUGGUGAUUCGUGGUUGUUGAUUGGAGCAAGGAGCGAACAGGAGAAUCAAGGUCAAAUGUUGACUAACCUUGAUCACCGUUCAGGCUGGCUCCUUGAACCAAGUGGAGAUACCACCUUACCCUCCGGCGGCAUUACCAAAAGUGAUCCGGAUCCCCCUCAUAAUACAUCUUGCGCAAAAACACGAUUGGGCAGGAGGCUGAGAAAGCUUUAG